AUGAGUGGAUCAAAACUGAAUCAGAAUGCUACUGCAUCAUUAGAGAUUCGCCAACCACAACAACGUAUUGUACAAAAUUACCUUCUUAUCUGGGUAGAUGCCAGCAUCGACCAAGGAAAAAACGAUUGCCAAGAUACACUCGCUCAGUUAAAGAAUGUGAUCAAUGAUGUUAACUUGUGCACGGAAUCGAAUCAGUGCAUCCAAGCGCUCAACAAAGUUGACAAGGAACGAGCCUUUGUUAUUGCAUCAGGCUAUUCGGGUCAAUAUUUGGUUCCUCAAAUUCAUGACAUGCCGCAGCUAGAUGCAAUUUACAUCCUUUGUGGUAACAAAUCUAGACAUGAGGGAUGGACUCAAAAUUGGAAAAAAAUAAAAUGUGUCCAUACAAACAUCAAAGAAAUUUGCCAGGCAUUACAACUGGCGAUUAAACAAUGCGACCAAGACACAAUUGCCGUCAGUUUUCUUACGAUAAAUGAAAUGACUUUAACUGAGAAUUUAAAUCAAUUGGAACCAACUUUUAUGUAUACCCAACUAUUCAAGGAAGUUCUCCUUGAUAUCGAACAUGGUGAUAAGGCAAUAAAGGACUUAACAGCUUGUUGUCGCGAACUUUUUACUGGUAAUUCAAGUGAAUUAAAAAUUAUUAAUGAAUUCGAACGUGACUAUGAUCCAAAAAACGCAAUAUGGUGGUAUACACGUGAGUGUUUUACUUACAAAAUGCUUAAUCAAGCACUUCGUACUUUGAAUGCGGACAUAAUCAUUAACAUGGGCUUCUUCUUAUGUGAUGUACAUACCCAAAUUCAACAGUUAUAUGAACAACAAGUCAGUAGUUAUGCAAAAAAACCUUUUAUAGUUUAUCGAGGGCAAGGUCUUAUGAAAGCAGACUUUGAAAAACUUCAGGAAGCAAAAGGUGGACUAAUAUCAUUUAACAAUUUCUUGUCGACCAGUAAUAAUGAAAAAGUGUCUCUAAGUUUUGCUCAAAAUGCUUCAACAGAACCAAAUAAGGUGGGCAUUCUCUUUAUAAUGUUCAUUGCUCCUUCUAUUAAAUCAACGCCAUUUGCCUCCAUCAAAGCGGUGAGUUAUUUUAAGGAAGAAGAAGAAAUUCUCUUCUCAAUGCACACAGUGUUUCGGGUGAAUACAAUUAAACAAAUAGACAGUAAGAGUCAACUUUAUCAAGUUGAAUUACAAUUAACGUCGGAUGAUGACCCACAAUUACGAUUACUUACUGAUCGGAUACGGAAAGAAGCUGUUGGUAGUGGAUGGCAAAAAUUGGGCAAAUUAUUGAUUAAAAUUGGUCAAUUUAAUAAAGCGGAAGAAGUUUAUAACGUUUUACUUGAACAGGCAUCUAAUGAGAAAGAAAAAGCUAUGUGUUAUAAUCAACUGGGAUAUGUCAAAGAUGAUCAGGGUGAUUAUGAAAAGGCUAUUUGGUAUCACGAGAAAGGACUUGAAAUUAAACAAAAAACUCUUCCUUCAAAUCAUCCUGAUUUGGCUACUACAUACAGCAACAUCGGUACUGUGUAUCACAAGAUGGGAGAGUACUCGAAAGCACUUUCAUUUUACGAAAAAGAUCUUGAAAUUUGUCAAAAAAAUCUUCCUUCAAAUCAUCCUGAUUUCGCUACUUCAUACAGUAACAUCGGUAGUGUGUAUGAUACCAUGCGAGAUUACUCGAAAGCACUUUCAUUUUACGACAAAACAGUUGAAAUUCAACAAAAAACUCUUCCUUCAAAUCAUCCGGCUUUGGCUACUUCAUACAACAAUAUCGGUAGUGUGUAUAACAACAUGGAGGAUUACUCGAAAGCACUUUCGUUUUACGAAAAAAGCCUUGAAAUUCGACAAAAAACUCUUCCUUCAAAUCAUCCCGAUUUGGCUAGUUCUUACAACAACAUCGGUUUAGUGCAUAACAACAUGGGAGAUUACUCGAAAGCACUUUCAUUUUACGACAAAACAGUUGAAAUUUGUCAAAAAACUCUUCCUUCAAAUCAUCCACAUUUGGCUACUUUAUACAACAACGUCGGUAGUAUGCAUGUCAAGAUGGGAGAGUACUCGAAAGCACUUUCAUUUUACGAGAAAACACUUGAAAUUCAACAGAAAACUCUUCCUUCAAGUCAUCCAGAUUUGGGUACUUCAUACAAUCACAUCGGUUUGGUGUAUUACUAUAUGAAAGACUAUUCGAAAGCACUUUCAUAUUAUGAGCAUGCCCUUGACAUAUGGCAACGUGCAUUAUCUCCAACUCAUCCUCAUAUAAAAAUGUUGAAGAACAGUAUUGAAAUUGUAAAAAAGAUUUUAUAA